AUGGAACAGCAAGGACCCCCGGCGUACCGCUGCGAAGGCCACACGGACACACAGACACACACAGGACACUGCUUGUUGGUUCCCCUCGGUGUUUUGCCCCUCCUUCAGCAGCCAGCAGCCAGCCAGCCUACUGCGGACACAUGCGCGCACUACGGUAGCCCAGCCCAGGCAGGUUGGCGAUUUGACACCUUCUCCUCACCGACUCUUUUGGAGACAAAGAGACGAAGGCCGUUGCCCGGCUGCGCGCCGACGAUGGAUGCGCCAUCGCGGGGCCUUGUUGGAGACGGGCCGCUCACCAAGAGCCAGGCAGCGCUUCAGGGAGGACAAGGACUCUUGGACCAGCUGAAAGUAGUGGCCCGGGCAUGCAGCUCCCCGGCCCCGAUUCCUGAUACCGACGUGGACGUCAAACGGGCCAAGGCUGAAGGCAUACAUGGACGCAAGUUGGCAGCACAGUGA